UGGAGGACAAAAUCAAACUGGGCGAAGAGCAGCUCAAGUGCCUGCUGGACAGCCUGCCUAUCGAGCAACGCUUGGCCCUUUGACGUGCUAGCGGCCACCGGGGGGCGCUGCAGACUUAGCUGUCCCAUGGCAAAUCAGGAGAAAUACUGACCUUUGACCUUCCCUCAUGAUGAUGUUCCUGGCGCACACGGGCCACUUGCAGUUUGCGGGCCUGCUGUCCGGCUGCUUAGCGUGGAUUCUCACUAUGGCGGCGACGGGCAUGGACGAAUGGCGCCUGUGGUAUAUCCAUCACGAAAACUACACCGCCAUCAUCACCUCAGGUGUGGCGUGGGUAGGCAUCUGGCGGGCGUGUUUCCACAGCCACGCCCUUCCAAAAAUGGAGAACUGCCAAAAUAUGGGAAUCUCGGAUAGUUUUGUCCCAGUGGAAAUCCAAGUGGCGCAAGUUUUAAUGAUGCUAGCAACAGUGGGCGGUUUGGCCGCCAACGCCACCGCAGUGGAAGCAGUGAGGCGGGUGUAUUUCUCCAUGGAGGUUCGCCGAAGAUUGCGUGCGGUUUUCAUCCUGGCGGGGGCGCUCUACAUCGUCACAGGUGUGCUUGCGUUGGUGCCACUAGUGUGGAACACAAAUGCAGUGGUGAACAACAACAGCGUCCCCUUCCCACCUCGUUUCAUGCUUCCCGCCAUCCCCGCCAGCCAGAAAGUGGGCACGGGCAUCGGGGUGGGCUUCACGGCUGCCAUUUUGAUGGUCAUCAGCGGGUUGCUGUUUCUCGCCCACCGUCAUGUUUGGAGAACACUCAAACCUGAGGAAUCAGAGGACAAGCAAGGAAGGGAUAAUCCAGCUUUUCAAUGAUUUAUUAUGGGAAUCAACAUAUCAGGAUAGUGGAUAUGAACUAGGAAGUUGGCUCAUACUGUAAGUCAAAGUUGUCAAAAUUAAGGCCCGGGGCCAGGUUCCGGCUCACCAUGUCACAGUGAAAGUAAAUCAUGCAGUUGGACUUCAGGAUUCUCAAUAAAAUACAAUUCAUAAAAAAUUUCAACAGAUAAGAUUUUUAAAACUAAAAUAGUGGUAUGAAAAAUUAUCUGAACCUUUUGGAAUUCCUCACAUUUCUACAUUAAAUCACCAUCAAAUGUGAUCUGAUCUUUGUCAAAAUCACACAGAUGUAAAAACAGCAUCUGUUUUAACUAACACCACCCAAACAUUUAUAGGUGUUCAUAUUUUAAUGAGGAUAGCAUUCAAACAAUGACAGA